UUAGAGCGAAAACAACAAGACCACAGCAGGUUGAGAUCUAUUAUUGUUUUGGCCGAGGAUGCGGAAAACAGGGCCGGGUUUAGAGUAAAUUGUUGUUUACCUUUUUUCCGGGACCGAGUCAAGAAAAUAAAAGGAUUUCCCGACGUGCGUUUGGUUUCAGAUACGAGACAGCCAUGAAGACUAGCAGCGGGGUUCUUCUCCUGAUCCUUCUGCAGCUGAGUUCUCCGCAUGUCUUGGAAUGGACGUACAAUGGGAAACUGGACGAGACCCACUGGGGGACCCACUAUGCCGACUGCCUGGGCCUGCACCAGUCUCCCAUCGACAUUCGGAAGAAAGAGGUCCAGUUCAGCCCGGAGCUGGAGCUCUUGCAGUUCGAGGGCUAUGAAGGGCCUUUGCAAGGCAGUUUCACCAUGAACAACAACGGGCACUCAGUGCAGAUCAGCCUUCCUCCGGGGAUGAGCGUCUCCAAGGGCCUCCCGGGGGUCUUCACGGCGGUCCAGCUCCACCUCCACUGGGGGGGCCGCGACCAGGAGACCAGCGGCUCCGAGCACACCAUGGACGGCAUGCGCUACGUGGCAGAGCUGCACAUCGUCCACUACAACUCGGCCGCCUACUCCAGUUUCCAAGAAGCAAAGGACAAACCCAACGGCCUGGCCGUCCUCGCUUUUCUAUUCGUGGAGAGCCAUUUAGAAAAUUCCUACUACAGCGAUUUCCUGUCCCACUUGGAGAAAAUCAAGUAUGCAGGGCAGGCGACUACUCUCAACACUCUGGAUGUCAUGUCCAUGUUGCCAGAAAACCUUUCGCAUUUCUAUCGGUACCAGGGCUCUUUGACUACCCCUCCCUGCACAGAAAAUGUCAUUUGGACCCUGUUUGACAACCACAUCAAGUUGUCCAGUAGCCAGAUUUCGCUGCUGGAAAAUGCCUUGCUGGACUGGGAAAACGAGACUUUAAAGAGCGACUAUCGGCACAUCCAGGCUUUGAACGGCAGGGUGGUCUUGUCGUCUUUCAAAGAGAAGUCAGCCGAACAACAACAAACGUGCCACUCGGACAACGUCUCCCAGAAGCUGAAGCAAAUCCAGGACCACCUCAGUGAGAUCAAGAAGUAUCUCCUGGAUGCCCUCGAGAAACCGAGUCGCAAGACUGAAAACGUCCAGGCGUUCUACUUCCACAACGACAACGUGGAGAGCCACGUGGAGGUCCGCCCGCUCCGCCCGAUGGGCCUCCAGACCUUCACUCUUUGUUUCUGGAGCCAGAACGUGAACCAAGGCAAGCAGACCGUCUUCUUCUACGCCACGCCAGAGAAGGACAACGAGUUGGUGGUCACGGUGGGCGUGGAGGUGGGCGUCUGGAUUGGGGGCCACUUUGUCCAGUUCGAGCUCCACCAGAAGUCCGAGGAGCGGAUCCACUACUGCGUCACCUGGGCCUCCAACUCGGGCGAGGUGAACGUGUGGAUCAACGGCGAGAUGGGCACCACCAAGCAGGUCCAGAAGGGGUACGUGGUCCAGAGCGGCGGGACCCCCAUCCUGGGCAAGUACAAGAACGGGCUGCUCCACAUCUUCGCCAACGCCUUCUCCGGGUGGCUCAGCCACGUCAACCUCUGGAGCCGCAUCCUGGAGCCGACGGAGAUCCAGGAGCUCAUCCUCUGCCGGGAGCAGGACACGAAGGGGGACAUCAUCGCCUGGGGGGAGACCCCCAUGACCCUCUUCGGGGGGGUGGUCGUGGACGCCGACUCCGGGUGCAGUUGAUCCCGUGCGUGGUCGGUUUGUGGUUGGUGGCAGAACGGAAAAAUUCGUUCGAGAGAAGAAGCCGGGAUGUCUCGUUUCGUGCUAAUAUAACCUCACUUGUUCACUUUCCGAAAAGGGAACUAAAUCUCCGGUAUCAAAGCAGUGAUACCAAAUGGAAGAAUGAAGGCAUUUAGCUGGCCUGGGUGUGCCAUUUUCGUUGUGGAGUUGUUAGGAAAUGCUUCCGGAUCGUUUGUUUCCCCUUUCUCUUUGUCUAAUAUGCCGACCCUUUGGCAUCGCAAUAAAGUCCUGCAUUAUAAACUCUUUAUCCCAACUUAACCAUGUAUAUUUCGACACAUAUGUUGUGCAUGCCGUAAAGAGGUUACCGCUUGUUUGUGCAUGCUAGUUGUGAAAUGCGAUUAAAGUCAUCUAAAGCACA